GAAAGGGGAAGAGAUGCCCUUUUUUACAGCAGAUUCGCCCUGCUCUCUGAGCUCAACAACUGCUAAGCAGAAGGCAGGAGAUCCUGUGGUUCUGGGAACAGCCGGACUCAAAUUCUCUUGGAUUUGCUGUUCCAGCUCCGGGAGAUAUCAAGGCACUGCGCAGUGCUGCUUUGAGUGAUGUUAAGAAACCUGUCCUAGCUUCUGCUUGCUAUAGGCCAUGAUUUUCCAUUGGGAAGACCGAUCUCGGGGCUGUCUCAAGGGAACUUGAUGGAAGGAUCAUAUUUUUUUAACAGGUUUUCUUAGGAUCUUGCUCAUUUCAGAGUUUGCUGCUGCUUAUUAUUAUUAUUAUUAUUUUUAAAUCCCAUGAAAAUCUAGGAACUCUGAGUCACUUGAUUUGGAGCCUGCUUUGCUGAGUCUGGGGGUGGUAGUUAAAUAAAGAGGAGGAGGAGGAACGAAACAGAUGGGAUUGGUCAAUAUCAGAGGAAACUGGCCAGAAUUCCCCACCAGGAGAGGUGUCAUAGAUCCCAGCUCUUUCAUAUCUAUCGCCUCUCAACAGAAAACUAACCAGAGCUGGUUCAUCUGAGCUGCCUACACACUGGGGAGAUAAGACAUCUUGUUGUCCAGGAAAAUUCUGGAGCGACUCUCCUGUAUUGGUUCUGUGUGCGGUGGGAUUUCUGGAAAGGACGCAGUCACAAGCCAGGAGGCUAGUUCCACAGAAAAACAAGAGGAUCGUGAGCCGAGAACUUGGCUCCUAGACAGCAUUUGGGCGAGUCUCCAUGGGAGAAACCUGACCCUGCCUUUCCCCAGAGAGGAAGCAGGCUGAUGCCAAUUAAGCAGGGGCUGUGGAGCAGCCAAACGUGUCACCCUCUGGGAGCGCUCGCGCAGCUGUGUCUGAGAGCUGAGGGGACUGGCACUACACAACAGAGACGCUGAUCGGCCAGCACAGGGCCCCUGUGAGGUACAGUGAUGUUGAGGACCAUGCAAGUCAGCGUGGGAAUUUAAGAGCACUUAUUAAAACUGGCAGUUAAAUGGUGACCCUAAGUGCCGCUGCUCACGGCCAGGCUUAGCCCAUGACGGCAGGGCUCUGCCUCAUCCUCAGCACCACAUCUCUUCCCAGCUCACCCGGGCCCUUCAUUUGUCUUUGCUGCCGAUGGCUGAGGGUGGUGGGGCCAUGGGCCUUGCCAAUGGGGGGGCCGGGAGCCCCUCUGACACUGUCAAGUGGCAGGUGAAUGAUCCCUGAGCAGCAGUGUGAUGUGCUGUUCAACAGCUGUUGCGCCCCACCCCAGAAGUAGCUGCACUGCUACCAUCCCAUCUACUGGUUACCAAUGAAGAGUUGCUAUUUGCCAGCAGAGAGCACAGCGCUGCCCUAUCCUAAGUCCUGGGGGGAGCAUAGCCUGGAGGAGACCAGCUGGCCCGAGGAUGAUGAGGUCUUUGUGACGGAGCGGCUGAGCCCCACCGCCAUGGCCACAUUCAGACCCGGCAACGUGGAGGAGCUCUACGAGCUGCUGGAGAAGCUGGGCAGCGGGCACUUCGGGGUGGUGAAGCGCUGCCGGAAGCGGAGCUCGGGGACUUUCUACGCCGCCAAGUUUGUGAAGAUGCGCAAGUGCAAGGGCAGCCGGCUGGGGCUGGACCGCGAGCAGGUGGAGCGGGAGGUCAGCAUCCUGCAGCAGCUGGAGCACCCCAACAUCCUGCGUUUGCAUGACCUCUUCGCCAGCAAGGCCGAGAUGGUGCUGAUCCUGGAGCUGAUCUGUGGUGGGGAGCUCUUUGACUUCAUUGCCGAGAAGGAGACGCUGACAGAGGCGGAGGCCAUCGAGUUCCUGCAGCAGAUCCUGCAGGGCGUCGCCUACAUGCAUGGGCGGCAUGUCGCCCACUUCGACCUCAAGCCGGAGAAUAUCAUGCUGCUGGAGAAAGAUGUCCCCAACCCAAAAAUCAAGAUAAUCGAUUUUGGUCUGGCCCAAAAGCUGGAAGACGGAGUAACCUUCAAAAGCCUUUGUGGAACUCCUCAGUACAUAGCUCCCGAAGUGAUUAACUACGAGCCCCUGAGCUCGGCGACAGACAUGUGGAGCAUUGGCGUUAUUACCUAUAUAUUGCUGAGCGGGAUGUCCCCGUUCCAGGGCGAGACGGAUGCUGAGACCCUCUCCAACAUCGUCGCAGGCAACUACGAGUUCGAGGAAAAAUUCUUUAGCGAGACCACCGAUAUGGCCAAGGACUUCAUCCGGCAGCUGCUGGUGAAGGAGCCUGGGAGUCGCAUGAGUGCGGCCGAGAGCCUCGUCCACCCGUGGAUCAAGCCCCUGAGCCGGAAGCAGGCUACCAACCGCAGCCGCUCCUCCAUCAACAUGAAGAACUUCCGCAAGUUCAACGCCCGCAGGAAAUGGAAGCUCUCCUACAACAUGGUGUCUGCCUGCAACCGGCUCUGCCGCCUGAAGCUCUUGUGUGGCCAGAGGACGGAGGAUGAGACUCUGCGUGGCUGCGAGAGUGACCAGGAGGAUGAGGCCACCCACCCGGUGACGCUGCUGCGCCGGCGGAGAAGCAGCUGCUCUUGAGACCUGUCCCCCAACGACAGACUCCAGCAUGCUCCUGCUGCCCCCCCUCUGCAUCAGCUGGGGGGGGCAGCCAAAGCCCCCAAAGUGGGGAAGGGGGGAUCCAUGCUCAUGGCCCUGUGAUAUCAGGCACCCUUGGGCCCCACCCCAACAGCUGGCCUCUGUCUGCUGAAGCCUAAAUGGCAGAAGGGGCAUUGACUUUGGGCGGCAGGGACUGGCUGGGAGGGGACUAGAAAUGGGAUCCUGCCUCUCUUCCUUCCCCCUUCCCUCCAUGUCCCUCUAAUCUGGACACCCAAGGACAGGGAGUUGGCUGUGGAUGGAGCUGGUGAAAGGGGAACACAUGUCAUCGGGAGAAGCUGAGGCUGGGGUGAUGCCUGCAGCCCCUUGCACCCAGUCACCAUGUCUGGGGGGCAAGGUAGUGGGAGUGUGGGAGAAGAGAUCUUGCUAUUGACCCUUUCAUUAUUCAAAGAGAGCCCCACCACCGCCACGGGGGCCUUUCAGGGUGCAUUUUCUGCACCCCUCUUAUGCUUUCCAAUAGGAAACCCCCCUGUGGCUGUUCUGUCUGCCACUCAUGGGGUUAAUUGGAACCUCUCCCUCUGCCCCUUCAGACACUGUGUUCUAGAACUCAUGGGGUUAAUCCAGCUGGCCACCCCCCUUGUACUUGCCCCAAUGUGUUAGGGGUUCUGUUUAUUCCAGCACUCAUAGGGUUAAUAUGAGUCUCUUCCCCUCCCCACUCCACCCUGCCCAUUGCCCCCCAGCGGUACCCUGGUGGGGGCAUGGAUGGCGGCUCUGGCUGCGCUAGCGGCUACAAGAUGGUGCCAGGUGCCUUCACCCAGCUGCAGCUGUUGAGGGGCAGCCUGAGAGCUGGGUGGAUGCCCCUUCCCCAGCACCCCACAAACCCUCAUGUGCUGGCCUAAGGUGCAUGGCAGGCCAGACCCCCCCCUCCUUCCCCGGCUGCCUGGGGAAUAUCUUCCCAGCUCAGUCCCCAUCUGCCUGAUUAUUUGUAAAGAAAUAAACGUGCCAAGCGUCUCCCCUG